CAGGUAAUCUUAGAAGAAAUCUGAAUCAGUAAGGACCAGCUAUGAAUAUUUGUCUCUCAUUCUUAUUAACAGUUGUGGUUAGUCUAUGUUAUCCCAUAGACUCUGAAGCUGAGAAUAUAAAUUCACUUAAGUCUGACGCAUUUGCACACUUAAAUGAGGAUAUGAAUAAAGCGGUGGUAGAAAAAAAUAAGAAUGGUUGGCAAUGUGCCGGUGUGACCUGCCCAAAAAAGUUUACCGCGUCCUGCAAAGUGACCAAGGUCUUAAAGCCCUCUGAGAAACUGGACCAUGAUCUUCUUAUUAUAUGCAUGGAUAAAAACAAUAAAGUAAGGUGCGGUAUUACCAGAAGUAGGAAAGGCCAAAUGCAGGAAGUUUUGGACAUGGACGAGGAGGGAAACACGACUUACGAACAAAAGGAGGUUAUUACGACGAAUGACGGAACUAAGAUACCCAGGUGCCCACGAAGGUGAAUCAUUACCAAUAAUUUCUUUGACACAAAUAUAUUUUAUUGUACACAUAUAAUAUAUUAUUAUUGUAUACACUACAUGAAUAAAUAUAUAUAUAUAUAAUUUGUGGCUACCAAAUAUGGUUGAUGUAUAAUAUAGAAAAAAUAGUUAUAUAUAUCUUGGCAAAUAUUGUUCAUAAAUAAUUUGGUUAAAUAAUAUUAAUAAACAAUCAGAAUGUUUAACCUUAAAGUAAAUGUAACGAGUAUAAAAAAA